CAGCAUUGGUAUCCUUUGGGAGCUUUCUAGAAAUGCAGAAUCUCAAGCCUCGCUCAGAACUUGCUGAAUCGGAAUCUGCAUUCUAUCAAGAUGCCUGGGAAUUGUGCAUGCACAUUGAAGUCUGAGAAGUGCUGCUUUGUCUCAUUUUGAGUCUCACAUUGACCCUAUGAGGGAAGCAGGGUGUUUAACAGAUAAGGAAACCAGGAAGCCAAGACUGAGUUGUUAAGUAACUAAGUCAGGGUUAUGGUGCUAGUGUCUCACCCAGAACUCUAAGCCUAGUGCUGUCUUCUUGGUUGGGCUGGAGCCAGCCUCAUGUGGUAAAGACUGACUGUUAGCUGCCCAGCAGCCCACUGGCUUAGGUGUGGCUGUGUGACUGAGUUCUAGCCAGCAGAACGCGAGUGGAAGUGGAAAAGUGUUGUGAUCCACUUGUAGGAAAAGAACACGAAGAGAGAGCGCCGUGUGAGUUCUUCCAUGCUGUUUUUCACUCCUAGCUGGCUGGAAUGGAGAAGACGCCUUUGGGCAAGCUUGGAAAUUGUUUUAUAGAUGGCAGGACUUUUGUCAGCCUGGGUGCCCGGAUCAGUGCAUCAGGGAGGGCCACCCCACCAACUGACUUGUCCAUCUGUCGAUUGGUGAUCAGUUGGUCAUAGUCCAACAUGCAGAAGUGAGUGAGUGGUGAAAAGCGGCAGAGCUGAUGGGUUGUGAGGAUGUAAGUGCGUUCGAAGGCUCUCACACCCUCUACUCCAGGACAGAAUCAUGAAUAAACUGGAGGACAAGAAGGACCAGAUGAUACCAUGAAGAGAAGUUUACAGGCCCUCUAUUGUCAACUGUUAAGCUUUCUCCUGAUCUUGGCACUGACUGAAGCGCUGGUAUUUGCCACCCAGGAACCAUCUCCCAAGGAAUCUCUUCAGGUCCUCCCCUCAGGCACCACCCCAAGCACCAUGGUGACAGCACUGCUCAGCUCUACCAGACACUCAUCUGUGGUGGCUGCCCCUGCCUCCGUGGUGACACCGACCCCCUAUCCCGAUGGACCCUCCUCACAGGCCGAAGCUCCCAUGGCAACGGCAACACCCCAUCCAGAUGGACACCCUCCUACAAACACCGUCUCCACCAUCAUGGUGACGGCAGCCACCCCCCAUUCUGAAGGCCCCCUGCCCACACAGCCCCUUCUUGCUGCCAUGGCAACCACAUCCUCUCACUCAGAGGGCCGUCCUCCGGGGGAGGCUGCACCCUCCAUUCUGCUGACAAAGCCAACGGGAGCCACCAGCCGCCCCACCACAGCACCCACCCGGGCUACCACGCGCAGGCCCCCCAGGCCCCCAGGCUCCUCCCGAAGGGGGGCCGGUAGUUCAUCACGCCCUGUCCCACCUGCACCCGGUGGCUACUCUGGGAGGAAGGAAGGCCAGCGGGGAAGAAAUCACAGCUCCACACAUCUGGGGCAGAAGCGGCCCCUGGGGAAAAUCUUUCAGAUCUACAAAGGCAACUUCACAGGGUCUGUGGAGCCUGAGUCCUCCACCCUCACCCCUAGGAACCCACUGUGGGAUUACUUGUCCUCACCACAGACCCAGACAGUGGCCGCAACGGCGGCGCCCAGCAAGACCUCGUGGGGACUACCCACUGACCCCCCAGUGCCUGCAGAGGACAAACCAGGCCUUAGCAGAGCAGACCAGGGGGGUGGUUCCACCUUCACCAGCCAAGGAGGGGAGCUGAAUGCCACAGCAACCUCAGGUGCCCCUGCCAGUCCACAACCUGCCCCAGUGCCUUCUCAGCGCCCCCACAGUGACCUGCAGGACAGCCCCAGCCACAGUGACUCCUGGCUUACUGUCACCCCUCGUACCAGCAGACCUAUGUCUGCCAGCUCUGGGGUCUUUACGGCCGCCACGGGGCCCACCCAGGCUGCCUUCGAUGCCAGUGUCUCAGCCCCUUCCAAGGGGAUUCCUCAGGGAACAUCCUCAACCCCACAGGCCCCAGCCCGCCCCCCCAGGGUCUCAGAAAGCACUGUUUCCCGAACCGAGGAGAAGGCUGUGGCUACCCCCUCCAUGCCCGACAGGGUGCCCAGUCCUCUCUCCACAGUGGUGUCUACGGCCACGGGAAACUUCCUCAACCGCCUGGUCCCUGCUGGGACCUGGAAGCCUGGAACAGCAGCGAACAUCUCCCAUGUGGCCGAAGGGGACAAACCUCAGCACAGAGCCACUAUCUGCCUGAGCAAGAUGGACAUUGCCUGGGUGAUCCUGGCCAUCAGCGUGCCCAUCUCCUCCUGCUCCGUCUUGCUGACAGUGUGCUGCCUGAGGAGGAAGAAGAAGACGGCCAACCCAGAGAACAACCUGAGCUACUGGAACAACGCCAUCACCAUGGACUACUUCAGCAAGCACGCCGUGGAGUUACCACGGGAGAUCCAGUCCCUCGGAACCUCUGAGGACCAGCUCUCGGAGCCCCGCUCCCCAGCCAAUGGCGACUACAGAGACACCGGGAUGGUCCUUGUUAACCCUUUCUGCCAAGAAACGCUGUUUGUGGGAAACGACCAAGUCUCGGAGAUCUGACGGCAGCAGCCCCGCUUUGCCGGUCCCUACCUUCCGUCUCUAAAUUAUAAAUAUACACAUAUAUAUUAUAAAUAUAAUCUUUGUGUAACCCUGACUUAAUGAGAAACAUUUUCAGCUUUUUUUUUCCUAAGAAUUGUCAACAUCUUUUUUAUAAGUGUGGUUUAAAAAACAAAAAACUUUACAGAACGAUCCGUGGCUUUAUAAAAUAAAGUAUUUCUAAGCAAAGCAGUUGCAUUGAUUGCUUCUCUUAAUACCUGUCCUUGAGCACGUGGGGGGCCCAGCAGCCCCGGGCAGGUGAGCGGAGAGACUGACCAGUAGAAGUGGAAUGUUCAGGUGGUCAAGUGCACGGCCCUUGAGUGCUGCUUAAAGCUCUGGUGCCUCUUGAUUCGGUGUCACCCCAUUUCCUCGCCCCUCGUAUGCGCACCAGUGAGGGGAACUGGGCCGGCUGGGGAGAUGGCAGACUCAUACAGGACGAGGGGACAGCUCAUCACCGCAGAGGAUGAGUAACCUCCCAACGGCACCACUGGCUGUCUAGUGUAAUUCCACCCGAGUUACAGACAGCGGGCGGGAGCACGCGGCCCUCAGGAACCCACGAGGACAUGAGGCGUCCUGAGGCUGCGUCCCCUAAUGUCACGACAGGGAGCUUCCGCUGUGCUAACAGGACUGCCUUUCCUUGGUGAAAAAAGACUCCCCUUGAAGCACAUUCCUGCCUCCUCUCCGACACCCACAUCUGCGUUAAGCGUGCCUUCCUUGAGAGGUUUAGACACGGAUCCGGCCCUGGAGCUGGAGGAUGCUUGCCUUUCUUCGAGAAGCAAAUGUUUACUGGGGUUCAGCUAUGUUUUCCCAACAGGCCAUCGCAAUGUGCCCCUGAGGAACGUGUUUAUAUAGAAGCCUUGGGGUGUGGAGCUGUAAUUUUGAAAACUUCCUCCAGCAAUCUUAAAAAAAAAACAAGAAUGCCAAAGCGGAUCGCUCCGGAGCAGACAUUAUUCUCUCCCUCCUUGGCGCUGCAGACCUGCUUGGGGUCAGCAGGCGGACCUGCCAUCCCUCUCUCAUCAUCCCAUCACCCCCGCACUGCACCCCCCAUCGGGGCUCGGCUGCUGCUCCCCCAUGCCCACGCUGUGUCCGGCUCGGCCAACGGGUCAGACCCUCAGAGACACAAGAGGGGCUUCCAGAGAUGGCUGCUUCUCCAUUUUUCUCCUACUAGAUAGUAGCUGGGAGAGAAGAUAACUGCAUUGACACUUCCUUUCUCUAAAAGAAAAAUAGUUUGAUAGUAUAUUUUGAAUAUAAAUGUUCUUAUAGUCAGAUUGGGAAUUGAAUUUGAAUGUUGAUUCAUAUGUUCGUGUUGUUUCUGUGGUAUUUUUAUCAUGACUUUUUCCUUUCUUGUUACAUUUUCCUUUAAAAAAAAAAUGGCCUUCAAAAAUGUGUGUUCUCAAUGUCGUAUGAACCUACUUAAUGUGAGUUCAGUUGUCUCUCUUCAAAGACCCUUCAACCCACAAAGAAGCAGGUUAAGUGUUGCUCUGAGAUUCAUUUUCCAGUGUGCUGUCUGACCUUUUAACCUUAUCAUAAUAUUUCUGUUAGCUAUCGCAUUUAAUAUAUCAAUGUGUGUGUGUAUACAUAUAAAGAAAUCUGUAAAGUAAAAUUUAUAUAUAGCAUAUGUAAUCAAAGAUACAUAUGUUAUAUACAUAUGUGGAUGUAUGACUUAUUUUUCCUUAUCCACAGAAUUCAGCUACCAUGUAUAUAUAAAUAAACUUAUUUUAUU